AUGGAUACGGAGGUUCCAGGAAGUGCCGAGUUCGUGGUCUCUCGACUCACCAUUCGAGGCAGACUUUGUCCUCACAACCCGAAACUUGCUUCAAGCACAAGCUCAGGUGUACCGUCUUGCUUAGGCUUCUUCUACCGGAAAAGCAAUUUGAUUCUCCUCCUCAAGACAUCUUGUCUAUGCAAAACUUGUUACAAUACUGCAGUUCCAAACGGAUACAAUGCAUACUGCACGCCUAGCGAACAAUUUGCAUCUCGAGAUCCGCCCGGUAUGGACAGUGGUGUUCAAUGGUGGCAGUUCAGACCGGUUGGACUCGAGAUUUAUGGACUAUCAGAUUUGAUCAGGCUACCGCUGUCAACCUCUUCCGAUGACCAUCAAGCGUUGGAGUUGUUUGCAAAACAAUACAGGCCUUUCUAUAUGACUCUAUUCCACACUUUGGGAAAGUAUGUACCGAAAGGCUUGAUAGACCGAGACGUCAACAUUGCAUCUAGUCAAAAGAAUGUCCCUGGAGAGCCAGGUUUAGGAACUACAAGACAAGACAAGCCCGCGACCAGCGAACCUGCCGAUUGGUACUCGACACGACCCACCACUGUUGGAGGCUCAAAGCCGUCAAGUAAUCCAAACCUUAGCAGUAACACAAACCGGCCCCCGAAUCUUGUCUCUCUAGCCUCAGGAGUAAGAUCGAAUCAACAGGUGCAAAGCUCAAGCUCAGUACCGGCAUAUGUAGGUCGCUCUUCAGAACAAAAUGACGUGAGACUGGCUUCGGAGAUGGCAGCAAAACCCCCUCAAUCCUUCUAUAUCGUGAACCAACGGCCAUUACCAGAUCGCACUCAGUUAACUGCCAUGAAGCCAAAGGUAUCUUCUACAAAUAUCCCAGGGAGGUUUCCGACACCUGCUUCUCUGAAGUCUCCUAGUCAGGCCGCACCCACAAAUGAGCGGAAAGACCUUCAAGCACCAAAUCAUUUUAGCGGGAAUCCAGCUUCAUCUUCAGGGGCAGGUCCUAUGAGUAGAUUUCCACCUUAUACCCCUCUCCCUCAGAUGGAAUUGCUUAGUGCCGAGCCAAACCUGAAUUCAAAGACUUCAGGAAGUGGCGUGGAGAUAUCUCUCCUGAAGCGAGGAUCUGGCAGCAUAAACCAACCAAAACAGUCACGAGCGGCGGCGACUACUCAAGGAGCACAAAUCUCAAGUCAGAUGCCAAACUUGGCCUCCAAAGGGUCAGGAAUGAUUCGAGUACCCACUUUCAACCCCCAAAAGACCCCACGAAACGACGGACUUUUCAGCAUGAACGAUUUCCGACCUUCCAUCUCUACGACAAGUAGCAACACCCUCAAACAACCAACGAAUCGCGAACGUCUUAUACCACAGAAUGCUCGCCUCCAAGCCCAAGUGCCGUUUCGUGGUUCUCAAAGGGACAUGCUGGCAAGAUCAAGUAUGCUUCGCACUGCACCGGAUCUAGCACGUAUAUCAGGGAUGGGAAGCAGGUUGGAUACAAGACCAAACGUUGUACCAUCAUCUCUGGGACGAACAUUCAGAGGUGUGCCUCACAGCCGUUUUGAUGGUACGCAGGGUUCUACUCGCAGCUUUCCACAUCCAAAGCCGCACUACGAGCCUGGCCACGGCCACAAGGACCGUUCAAAUAACGAGUCCCAAGAAAGAGAUGAAGAGACGAGAGAAUUGAAAGACGAGCUCAGAAGUCUGGAAGAAGAUAUAGAGCUGAAGGAAGAUGUGGCGAAAUUGAACAAAGACAUCGACGAGCUCGAUGAAGCUUUGGAACUGCGCUCUGAGCAAGGCCAUGCCGCCGAAGACCUCGUUGACUUUCCUGGUGAUCUUCCUGGUCGCCUUGAAGAGCCUCUGAUUAGCUUCGAUACACCUGACCAUCCUCUAGUCGAAAAUUCAGAUAAUUUGUCUCGUGACAAUCCUGAUGAAUUUUCCACAGACAGCUUUAAGAUGCGACCCUUCGAUGAAAAUGAUGAGUCUUCCAUUGACAAAUCGGAGUCUCUUCAGGACCCCAAGGACUCUCUUAAAUCCACAGUCAAUACAACCACGACUGACAACCGAUCGAGACGGCUCGAUGAAGACUCACCGGAUAUUAACGACGAAGCUCGACGUCAUGAGGGAGACAAUACCAGCAGAGAUGUUGCAGAUUUGGCUAUGGGUGUACUUGGAGGAGCGCUGCUGGGAGACUUUCUAAAUGAAGAGAAAGAACUUGAAGACCCUCUUCUCAGAGAUUCUACAGACAAGCAAGAUUUGUUUAACGAUCGGAUUCUUGAUCAUGGCGAAGACCCACUCCAGGAGCAGUCUGGGGCUGAACAAGACGACGACGAUCCAUUGCCACCCAGAGACCUAAGCCAAGACGGACUUUACGAUAUAGGUGAUGGGUUGGAGGUGAAUGGAAAUGGUGGUACGAAUCUUGUACAUCCAAACGAUGAGGAAGAAGAAGAAUCCCAGGCCACGAUCUUCCCUCAACACUGUGAAGAUGAUGAUGCGUUGACUGGGAACAGUGGCAUAUUUAGCAGUGAUGAGCCUGCUUUCUCCGGCUUUGGGGAGGAUGAGAAUGGUGAUUUGGGUGAGACAGAGAGAGGGUGGGAAUUUGAUCAGCACGAACACGAGAAUGCUGCAUUAUCAUCAGAAAUGGAUCAUCUAUUCGAAGAAAGGGACAGUGAAACAGUAUUCGAUGAUCAGAAUAUUGUCUUUCCUGAGCCUGAUCUGGGAACGGAAGACCGUGAUCUGAAUGAAGGAAAUGAGUUUCACAACAUCUUUCGUGACACUGCGGGGCAAAAUGAGUACGAGAACGAGGCAAGAGAGUGCGAAGGUCUGGGUGAUACUUUUGACGAGGAUGAGGGACAGGAAGGACAUGAAAAGGACUUCGGUAUUUUCGACGGCCAUGACGGACUGGCGGACGACCAACUGGAUCCCGACAAUGCUUUCAAUAAGAACGACGAGGACCAGGACCAGGCCCAGAUGGAUGCUUUCAUGGACCCCGAUACAGAUCUUCAAUUGGAGGACGAGAUUGAUCAUUCUCAAAAUCCAAUCGAGGACGAAGCAGCGUUUGGCUUUGGACUUGAUCAGAUUGACGCCGAGGACGAAAAUUUGGACGACCUCAUUGAGCCAGAUGAUGAGAACAAUUCAGUAGAUCUAGAAAAUCCUUUCGCUAUCGAUAAUGAGGAUGAUUUGGAAGGGGACUCGCCUAGAUUCCAGUCUGAUGAUGGCGAGCUUGGAGACAAAGACAACAAUCUGGAAUGUUUAGAUGAGAUUGGCGAUGGGAACACUUUCUUGGACCUCGACGAUGGAUUUGAAAGGGAUAAAGAAGGUGAAACCUUUGAUUUCGACCCAGAGACUGAAGAUCCCUUAGCCGGCCACGAAUGUGACGAUGGAAUAUUUGACAAUGAGCUAAAGCCAGAAAGUUAUGAUGACCCAACAGCGAACCAUGAUUUUGAUGGCGAUAUGGAGGAGAGAGGGUACGAGAGUGACCCCACAAUCGGCGAUCCUUUGUCAGACAAAUUUGAAGACCGCACGGACAAUGACGAUCUCACUUACAACAAAGACAUCUAUGGAGCCAUGGAGGAGAACGAUCUUGGUCUCGAGCCAAACAACGACUUUAGCAACGACUUUGAAAAUCCAUUAGGAAACGAUGAAUUAUAUGAAGAGAAUAGCCUGGAUACGAAUGAUGACUUUGACGGCCUAUUACCAUCCGAUAAUUUGCAAAACGAUGUGGGAGAUGCAUCAGCAGAGACGUACAACGACUUUGACGGCGCAGGAAUGGAUUUCUAUGACGGAGGUCAACUUGAAGAUUAUGGAGGAGAUGCUGAAUUUGCUGGCACGGGUGUGGAUUACGAUGAAGGAGAGAAUGCGGGUUAUGGUGGGGGUUAUGUGGAGGGUGAGGUUUAUGAAUGA